CCUGUGUACAAGAUACAAGUUGGACGAUGUCGACGUACACACGGGUGUUGUGGAUAUACAACAUUUUAAAUGGACUAACAUUGACAUUAGCAUUUUGGGGAAAUAGUAACGCAAAACCAAAGGCAGUGUACUCAGCAAUAACACAAAAUAGAACAUGGGAAGAGGCUGAAAACUAUUGUGGUACUCACUUCAAUCAAGGAAAACUUGUUCAUAUCAAACAGUAUAAUGUCAAUGACAUGUUUGACGGAUUUACAGAAGGCCCAUACUGGAUUGGACUUAAAUCUGAAAAAAAUCAAAUGUCAUGGAAUAAUGGUGAUCUUUUCAUUGAUGGAAGUUUCGGGUGGACAAAAGUUACAAAUCAAAAACUUAAUAGUGAUGGGUGCAUAGCAUAUGUCAGUUCAGAUCAAUGGAGUAUAUCUGCGUGUAACUCUAGCAAAAACUUUAUUUGUCAACACACUAAUACUUCAUUAACUUCCACAAUCAAGACUACGUCAAGUUCCCUCAACACGUUAGAAGUAACGACUGUUCAGAAAAUGAAUACUAUACAGAUGUCACAGGGGUCAGCUAGCCAAGAAUUAACAACAAAGUCCAUUAUGCAGCAAUCAUCAAUCACUAAUUCGACGUCUUCAAUCCCACAGACACAACACAAUUCGAAAGUAGCAGUUGUACAGUCUUCUCAAAACAAUACGACACCAUUGGUUUCAACAAUGUAUUCAUCGACGAAAGGAUACAACAUGUCGAGGACUAUAUCAAAUUCAACAUUUGAUUAUACAACAUCUAUUUCUACUUCGCAAACAAGACCGUUUAUAAAGUCUCACUCUCAAAAAUUUACAUCGUCGCAGAAUUCAAACACACAUUUAGCAAGAAAUGUAACGAGAAGCCAAUCAAAAAAUCAAGGAACGCAACCAAAGAUGACACCUGUACCAACGUUAACUGAAACAUCGACAAAUUCAGUGUCCUUUACCGGUGAUCCAUUAAAAACAACGAUGCAAACUUCCGAAAAACAACCGGCAAGUUCAAUUACAGCAACAUCUUUUAAAAAUAAUACUAAUAUAUUGGAUACUACAACUUCUUCGUCGUCAACAUUAGUUCACAGAUCAAAAUAUUCUACAGACCGAACGGCAAACGUUUAUAUCACGAAUCAAGUUUCAUCAACUACUAAUAAUGCCCAAUCUGUCAAAGGAACUAAGACUUUAGGAGCAUGGUUAAAAACUUCUAGAAAAAUGGUACAAACAACAAGCAUAAGAGUUGCAGUAAAAGAAGCUCCUAUAGAUACAAAGAAAGGUACAGUCUUACAUUGUUUCUAA